AUGUGGGUUGGCCGCGCCCCCACCGCGGUGACUGGGCUGGUACUCCUCCUUCUACUCAGUCCUAGCUUGCUCUCGGUGGCCAGCCGCGACAUUCGUCGCGCUCCCGAGACUGCCAGCGCCACAUCCACCACCAUUGCAACCCUUGAUGACACGCAUGAGCUUGCCAUCUGGUUUGCCCUGCCAUAUGCUGUUGUCGAGCACAAUGAUUCAGCCUGGCAAGCCAUCCUCAAUGCCACGCUCAUCGCCUUUCGCAACAACACCAACAUUCCCAUCCAGUCAAAUGACAUUCUUCACACCGACCUUUUCUCUUUACACAAUGGCGAAGGAAUUGGCUGUCGUCUCUAUCUGCUUGAAGCCACCAUGGCUGACCAACUGUACAGCUUUAUGAGCGACCUGGAUGCCCUCGUCAUUUCAGUCAACGGCACCAACAUCUUGGUGAUUGCCAUGCUUCGUCACAACUACUCCACCCUAACCCCGGAGCUCGAAUCAAUUGCCCCAGACAGCUCGGACAGCCACGCACAUCCCCACGUUCUACAGACCGUUCUCAUCGCCGUCUUUGCCGCGGCCCUUCUAAUCACCCUCAUCUUCAUGGGCGUGCAUGCGUACCAGCGCAAACGCUGGCAAGCCAACAUCAAUGCCAAUGCCCAUCUCGCCUUGAACACACCUACCCCCAGCAGCCACCCCUCCACCCCGGACAAGUCCCACCUCCAAUAUCCCUUUGACUUGGCUGUUUAUUCCCCCCUUCAACUUGCCAUCUUGCGCACCCCCACGCAGGCGAUGCAGACAGGGCAGGGGGGUCAGCCGUUGACCGACUCACACGUGCACGCCUCUUCCAUGAACUACCCAGAAAGCUUCAAUGUUGACCUCAUGGAACUAGGCGACGUCACCGAUGACCUUACCGCCAUGUUGCAAGCUGUCCACGAGCAUGACAUGGCCACGACAGUCGCUGCCAACCCCACGACAACCGCCUUGCACCUCCGGACCUCAAACGGCCACCCUCCCUUGAUUGGUGGCUCCCAUCCCCCACCCGUAUCCCGGGCACAUGGGCCAGCCGAGACUAGUCCCAGUGUCUAUUCAACGAGUAGCUCUGCCCCACUCUCGCCUCCGCAGCAGCUUUUGAGCCUCAGUCCUUCGCUGCGGCCUCAGCAAAUGUCUCCACUCUCUGACGACGGUUAUGGAACCAGUCACCUGAGCGACAGCCAGCAAACUGGCUCCGUUUUACAAGCGUCUCAAAGCUUAAAGGAUCAAGCGCAAUCGGUCCUGGGUCACACAGCCAUCGUGGAGCGAGUGCUGCAGGCUCGCACUUCGAGCGUUCACAUGCAAGAUCGCAACGGCUGGUCGAGUCUACACUGGGCUGUGGCUUCGGGGGCUCUUGGGUGUGUGCGCGCCAUUCUGCAAGCCGACGCACUCAACCUGGCGCUGGCGAACGACCACGAGGAGACCGUUUUUCACUUUGCUGCCCGCCGCGGAAACAUUGAGGUGUUGGAGCUCUUGAUCGAACAUCAUCUGCAAUCCAAACGUGGCCGCGCUCAUCACCAUGCAAAAUGGCUCACUGAAGUCAUGAGCGCCCCCUCGGGCCUCGGCUAUACUCCUGAAGAAUAUGCCGAGCAAGGAAAGCAUGAUGCCAUGGUUGCCCAUAUCAGAGCCACGCUCGCCGCUGCAUCUAGCGCUUCCACGUCCCCGUUAUCGGCUUCGGAUGCCGACCACGGCACGUUGACCUCGGCCUCGGAGGACCUGGGGCACUCUCGCGAGUCGCAGAAACCUCUGAGUGCCGAGACGUUGGCCAAGCGGGUGAAGCGUCGUGACUACAUGCGUCAACGGCGACAGGUGCAGAAGAGCAAGCUUGACAACAUGGAGGACAAAGUGUCAGCGUUGGAGCAGCACAACCAGCUCUUGAACGAUGCGGUUGCGCGGUUGCGAGCCGAUGCAGCACAGAUAGAGGCUGCCCUCGCCCGCCCACCCCACUCCACAGCUACACAGUACCCUCGAUCUCAACCAAAACAACAACUUCAAGGGCAUGGUCUCUUGACAAGCACUGUCGUUUGAGACGCACGGAGAGUUGCAUGAUGCAUCAGCCAUGAUCGCAUUGCAUGUCGUCCAUCAGUUGUUUCUUUCUUUGUCACAUGCUAAUCUGCUGCAUGCUUGCUGGAGGUCUUUGUUUCCCAGCCAACCUCUGCACGCGUCGGCUUUUCAUUUGAGUUUAAUCGCCCCGACGCAGCCCAUGAUGUUUCCGUGUGUCUGCUCUGUGUGUUCCUGUCCUCGUGUUGCCGCACUUGAAGCAUCCUUUUUGUUUCUUUCAUGUACAUUGCCGUGCUUACGAGCCGUUCCGCGAACGACCCAACAUUGAAUCCAACCGUCUAUC